UGAAUUGACGACACGUCAUCAACGACGUUGUUUACCACGUGGUUAUUCCCGAUGAUUUCAGCUGAAUAUCGCAAUCAUUAUUUGAGCUGCGAAAUGAACAGGAAUAAAACGAAAUUUGAUAAUUAUGCUGACAUGCGUAAAGAUUUGGUGAUUGGCUUAAUUAUCUGGACAGAGUAAAGGGCUGAAAAAUAAUUCCACGAUGAUACGAAUGUUUCAAAGAUGGACGCUCUAACUUUUGGUUCGCACAGGCUUGUUCACCUUGACCUCAAGGGCGCUCCGCCCCGAGUUUCUUACCUUGAAAAGUUGUUUCCCCUGCUGCGAUCAUGGGGUGCCACUGGACUGCUGCUGGAAUGGGAAGAUACCUUCCCAUACAAUCGAGAAUUGACUCGAAUUGGAAGCCACGGCCCAAGCAGCAUAGCCAACGGUUACACAAUGCAAGAAGCACGACAAAUAUUGCAAAUCGCAGGAGACUCUGGGCUAGCAGUUGUGCCGUUGGUUCAAACUUUUGGCCACAUGGAGUUUGUAUUGAAGCACGAUGAGUGGCGAUCGUUACGAGAAGUUGAGCUGUAUCCAAGUUCGAUGUGUCCUUCAAAUCCAGCUGCAUUACCGCUGGUGAAGUCUUUGAUACGUCAAAUAGUGUCCUUUCAUCCUGACAUACAAUAUUUGCAUAUAGGAGCUGACGAAGUCUGGCACAUGGGAUUAUGUUCAGUGUGUAUAAAAAGAGCUACCGCCAGCAAACAUGGGAAGUCGUCGUUAUUCUUGGAACAUGUUUUGGCUGUCGCGCAACAUGUACAGGAGACAUACCCGUAUUUAAAAGUUAUCAUUUGGGACGAUAUGUUGAGAAACAUAGAUGUGCAGGUUCUAAAUGAACAUUAUAUUGGAAAAUAUGUUGAACCAAUGAUAUGGCAUUAUAAUUCCAGAGAGACCUUUUGUUUGCCAGUAGGUAUAUGGGACAAAUAUAGUGUUGUAUUUUCAAAUAUCUGGGCUGCAACAGCUUUCAAAGGUGCUACUGGAUCCUGUCAACACAUACCUGUAAUUCAACAUCACAUAAGUAACCAUGAACGAUGGCUAGAAGAGUUGAGUACUCAUGUCAACAAAGUUUGUGAAUUUCGUGGAACGGCAUUCACCGGUUGGUCGAGAUAUGAUCACUAUGCCACGAUGUGCGAGCUCCUGCCAACAGCAAUACCAUCUCUGGUGAUGUGUUUAAAAGUCUGGCUACACGGAUAUUCGGAAGAAAGACACCUAGAAGUAGCUAAAAGCUUGGGCUAUGUAGACCAUCCACUUCACAUAGUGCCGCAACAGCGACCAGCUCCUAUACCAAACAAACUGUUAUUCCCUGGAUGGCAACUUGCAGUAGGAAUUGAAUGGUUCCUUAACUUCAGAACCAAGUUUCACCAUGUAGUCGAUAGCGAUCAAAUAGCAACGUGGAUGAAUCCUUGGCAAAUUGCGAACAACUAUACAAAUCCUAUGCAGUUGGGGAGUUUGCUGACGGCUUUGAGCGACUUAUUGUUGGAAUUAUCAUCGUUGGAGGGCUAUAUCCGAGUUCAAAUGGAAGUUAUUUUGUUUCAACCGACCCUGGAAGAAUGGACUGGUACACAUAUUCAUCCCCUGAAGAAUAGAUUGAAACAACUAAAACAAGACGCAGAGAAUCAGUUGAAACACGGCUGUAGGGUGUAAAAAUGAAUUAUACCGCUUGACGAAUUUUAUUAGAAUUGGGUAACUCAAUCACUUGGGGUGCUUCAAAGUAAAAAGACAACCAAAUACCGAAUUCAUUCAAUGAAUUUUAGCGGCUAGUAAGUUGUACAGAAUUAAUUAAGACUGGCCGAAUAAAUGCUUGAACGUGAUAUAUUAUAAGUAUUAAACGUGUCAUGUAAUUAUGAGAGGGGUAAUAAACUGGAUUUGUAAUAAAGAAA